UCAGUCUUCGCACAUGGAACUGCGAAUCAAUUGCGCUUUUGCGCUCCAGCCAGCCGAGAUCACGGACGCGCGAGAACAGAACAGCCGCUGCUCUUCAGUGCUGCGCACGGGCUGAGGACUGUAUUCCGACAACUCACUGCAGAGCUUUUAUUUUAAUAAGUUGGCUUUUUAAAUUUCGUUUCUUCAGGUAGACUGAUCUCUCCUUUACGCGAUGGAGAAGAUGUCUCGACCUCUUUCUAUAAACCCAACUUUCCUACCUCCGACCCACGGCGUCCUGAAAUCCCUGCUGGAGAACCCCAUGAAGCUGCCCUUCCACCACGAUGAAGGGUUUGGGAAAGAGAAAGAGAAGGAGAAGAAUUUGGAAGAGGAUGGAACUGCUCUCAACAUUCCUCAGUCCGCCUUCUUGGGCCCGACGCUGUGGGACAAGACCCUGUCAUACGACGGCGACAACUUCCAGCUGGAGUAUAUGGAUUUAGAGGAGUUUCUGUUGGAGAACAAUAUUCCCGCCAACCCUGGGAGCGAGCAGAGCCAGCCUUCCCAGCAGCCCCUGCAGCAGCAGCAGCCGCCCUCCGCCCCGCCCACGCCUUCGGUGGUGGAUCUCAGUAACCGGACGGCCGCGUCCGUUCACUCCGGCAUCGUGAGCCAGAACUGCCUCCAGAGUCCCAGCAGAGCAGUUCUCUCCUCACGUGACACACCCAGUCCCAUAGAUCCAGACUCCAUCCAGGUUCCGGUCAGGUACGAGCCCGACCCCGCCGACCUCGCCCUCUCCAGCGUCCCGGGACAGGAAAUCUUCGACCCACGCAAGUGCAAAUUCUCAGCAGAGGAGCUGAAGCCGCAGCCCAUGAUCAAGAAGGCGCGCAAGAUCUUCAUUCCAGAGGACAUGAAGGACGACAGAUACUGGGCACGGCGCAGAAAGAACAACUUCGCAGCCAAACGCUCCCGGGACGCUCGCCGGGUGAAAGAGAACCAGAUCGCCAUUCGUGCGGGAUUCUUGGAGAAAGAGAACAUGGCGCUCAGACAGGAAGUGGCCGACCUGCGGAAGGAACUCGGCCGCUGUAAGAACGUUCUGGCCAAAUACGAGGCGCGGCACGGCCCUCUGUGAGCCCCUCCCACCUCACACAAACCCCGCCCCCCCAGGGACUUCUGCG